UAUCUGUUUUUUUUUGUUUUCCCCCGUUUUCUCAACAGCCAAACAAGCAUCCGUGAGAAGGCGAGGAAUGGUGUCUCUGGCCACUUCAACAUUUUCCCGCAAUCUUUUUCCCAGGCCCUCACUUCCGUACGCAGUGAGAGCUCUCGGAAAAACGCUACUACAACUACAUCCGAAGCCCACAUCAUGGGGUCCUCUCAGUUCUUCAUUGAAAUCUUGUUCAGCCCAUUUUUCUGCUUCAAAUUUCAAUUUGUCAAAAUCCCGAAUGAAACACUUGGCUCUCAAGAUGAUUUGGUUGUUUUGGGCAUUGAAACUAGCUGUGACGACACUGCUGCUGCUAUUGUGAGAAGCAAUGGUGAUAUUCUCAGCCAAGUUGUGUCUUCUCAGGCAGAAUUGCUUGCUCGAUAUGGAGGUGUUGCUCCCAAAAUGGCUGAAGGAGCACACAUGCAAGUGAUUGAUCAGGUAGUUCAAGAUGCACUUGAGAAUGCCAAUUUAACUGAGAGGGACCUGUCUGCAGUUGCUGUUACUAUUGGUCCUGGUUUAAGCCUCUGCCUUCGUGUUGGUGUGCAGAAGGCUCGGAAAAUUGCUGGUAGCCACAAUCUUCCAAUCGUUGGUGUCCAUCACAUGGAGGCUCAUGCUUUAGUAGCCAGGUUAAUUGAAAAAGACUUGCAAUUUCCUUUCAUGGCCCUGCUCAUUUCAGGAGGGCACAAUCUUCUUAUUCUUGCACGUGAUCUCGGUCAUUACAUACAACUUGGGACCACAAUAGAUGAUGCAAUUGGUGAGGCAUAUGACAAGACAGCAAAAUGGCUUGGUCUUGACUUGAGGAGGAGUGGUGGUCCAGCUAUAGAAGAGCUUGCCAGAGAGGGUGAUGCAAAAGCAGUCAAAUUUUCAACCCCAAUGAAACAACAUAAGGAUUGUAACUUCUCGUACGCUGGUUUGAAGACUCAAGUGAGGCUGGCAAUCGAAUCCAGAAAUAUCAAUGCUGAAAUUCCCAUUUCUUCUGCAAGUAGUGAAGACAGAAGUUCCCGAGCUGAUAUUGCUGCCUCUUUCCAGCGAGUUGCGGUAUUACAUCUAGAAGAAAGGUGUGAACGAGCAAUUGAAUGGGCAUUAAAGAUUGAGCCUUCCAUAAAACAUUUGGUGGUUUCUGGAGGUGUAGCAUCAAAUCAGUAUGUCAGGGCUCAGCUUGAUCAGGUUGUCAAGAAAAAAAGCCUGCAACUUGUGUGCCCUCCCCCCAGCCUCUGUACUGACAAUGGUGUUAUGGUGGCUUGGACUGGCUUGGAGCACUUGCGCAUGGGAAGAUAUGAUCCUCCACCACCUGCUAAUGAACCGGAAGAUUAUGUGUAUGAUUUGCGGCCAAGGUGGCCACUGGGGGAGGAAUAUUCUGAAGGAAGAAGUGAAGCUCGGUCCUUGAGAACGGCCAGGAUUCACCCAUCUCUUACAUCUCUCAUCCAAGCAUCAAUGCAACAACAGUCGUAGCCUGUUCCUCCAUGCAACUGCUCCUUCACUGUAGCGGCUUGUUGGAAUCAAGUGACCUCUGAGAAAUGGCAAUACUUUCUGGAGCUCUAGUUGCUGUGAAGAACCCUUACAAAGAGUGUCUUGUUCAAAAUUUUUAGCCAUUUGUUUCCUGGAAAAGAACCUUUACUGCUCUACACACCUCAUAUCUCCUGUAUGCGUGUGUAGUUUUAAGGUCAUUUAGAUGAAUGACUUCCAAUGUACUGCCCUAUUGUUUGUGCUUGCAUAAAGGAGACGAGCCUCAUGGCUGAGAGGAGUUGUGUGAACCAGGAGCAUGGCUGACCAUGAACCUACCUGACGAUCUGUAAGGCUCACAAACAGGGUCCAAGCUCUGCUCUACCAUUGAACUUAAAAGUCAUUUUUUUUGUCCCAAUUUCUGUAAAAGUAGGAUUGACAGGCAAACAAUGAUGGAUACUUCAGUUUCAUAGAAAUAUUCAUGUUUCAAUAUUAUGCAAA